UUGAUUCAUCACACCACGAUAUUUUUCUUUGUCGGCUAAAAUAUUUAUUUAUUUAAUUAUAAACUCCAAUGUAUUAUCAUGUGAUAUUACAUUCUGAAUGUAAAAAAUUAUUCUUGUAAUGUUGUAAUUUAAAUUCUUAAAAUGAGCGCCAUUACUUGUCGUAUAUGUGGUCGUGUUUUCGACGAUCCAUCAGACGUUAUUCACAUUUUUAGUGCUGCUGGAAAGAAAGAUAAUGUUGCCGCCAAAAUACUAUACACAUUGACUAUCAUGAUAACGGAGGAAGACCCUACUUCAAAACACAUCUGUAAAAUGUGCUAUGGCCAUAUUGAUUUUUUCACAAGAUUUUCUAAUACUUCUAGGGUUUAUAACAAUAUUUUGAUGAAUAAUUAUCUUAAAGAACCUUCAAAUGUUACUUAUAGAUAUGAGAUGGCUAGAUUUCUUAGCACACCUGUUGAGCUACUUUGUUAUAAACAAAAUUCUGAUAUAAGAAGUAUACAUGAAUCAUUUGUUAAUUAUAUGAAAUCACCAGUCCUUAAUGAGAUAAAUGUUUCACAACUUAAAGAACCUAUUUCUCAAAAUUUAAAUGAAAGUGCAAGUGUCAAUCAACCAAAUACAUCUAACAAGUCUGAUCAUUUUCUUCAAACUAGUAACCAAAAUGAAAAAGAAAACAAUAACACUUGUAUGAAUAAUAUCCAACCAAACCAAUCAGUGUCUAAUAUUUUAAUUCAACCCAGUAAUGUUAUUAAUCAAAGUUCAGUUCGUUGUAAUAGACAGACAAAUGUUUCAAAGCCUCAUAGUUCAAAUGAUUUUAUUCAACCUAAAAUUAUUGAUGAAGUUAUAUGCUUGGAUGACGAUGAUGGUGAUGCUGAAGAUGAUGACGUGCAAGUAAUUGAAAAUACAACUAAUGUAUUGUCAAACAAUACACAUAAAAAAAGAAAAUCUAAGGUUAUGUUAAAAAAUAAAUCCUUUUUUCCAAAAAAUAAUGUAAUAAAUAACACUCAUGCAAUUGCUUUAAAACAUUUAAUGCAAUUUAAAAGAAGGUUAGAAAAUGCUAGUAAAAAUACUUUUCAAUCAGAAAAAAAUAUUACACCAUUGUUAACUGGAAAUCAACAAAGUCCUAUUUCAGAACAAAUGGUUAUAACUCCUGAUAUCAAUUUACCUACUGUUGUCAAUACCUCUUCUUGUGAUUCACCAAACAAUGACUUCUACUCAGAUCAAGUUAAUGACAAUAAUUCUACUGAAUCUACUGUUUCACCAGAAACUGGAUUUCAUUUUUUAUUCAGAUCUGAUCAAACUGUAGAUUUAACUAAUUCAGAAAUUGCACCCAAAAAUAAAAGCCAAAAAGAAAAAUUAAAAAAUCAAGGCAAAGUUAUUAAAAAAUUUCAAAUGCCUAUGGUUUCUAUUCAAAAACCCGCAACUAAACUACCUCCACCAGUUGUUACUAAAAAUAUUUCAAAUGCAGUAACACAAUUUGUAUUCAAAUAUGUAUUCGAAAUAAUAAUUUUGAGUACACUUCACAUGACUUCUAUUGUUAAUGUAUCUAGAUCUAAAAGAAUACAAACAACAUCUACAACGUCUGAAUCUAAAAAAAUUAAAAAACCUACAGAACCCAAUAAUACUACCAAUCAGUUAACAGCAUGUGUUUCACUUAUUAAACUUGAGCUUCCUUUAUAUCAAUGUCCUAUUUGUGAAAAGUACUUUAGUUCCACUAAAAGUCGACAAUUACAUGAAAGUAAGAGCCACGUCUUACCACCUAUUGUACCCGAGAAGUCUGAUAAAUUAGACUUAACUUCUUGUGACAAUUCGUCGUCUACUAGUCAACAAGAAUUUCUCACUCAUCUCAACCUAGUAAAACGUGUAUCAACAAAUUUACCAGAACAUUUUGCAAAUCGUAAACAUUUGCAAAACGCUCUAAAAAUUUAUGGUAAUAUUCAAGGCAAAUAUAAAUGUCACUAUUGCAAGUAUAAAACAUCACGUUUGUAUACAUUAUGGGCUCACAUGUGUGUUAAUCAUAUUCAAUUUAAUACAGAUAUGAGGUCAAACUCUUUUUGUUUUGUUUGUAAUCGAACAUUUGGCAAACGAUUAAAAUUAUUAAAGCAUUUAGAUAGAUGUGUGGAAAGUCAUCUGGAAAUAGAAUCUUCAAAUAAUCCAUGUGAUGAAAUGCUAGCAUGUGAUUAUAGUGAUUCUGAAAUAAACUCGCUACCAGAACUUGAAGAAAAAUUAUGGUCUUUAGUAAAUGUAUAAAUGAAAGUGCUAGUAUUUUAUAUUUUUACACUUGGUUUUUGAUUGAUUGCGUUUAAAAUAUGUUAUUUGUUAUCUUUGUUUGUAAGAAAGUACAAGUGUUAUUUUUUUAUUUGAAAUAACUUAUUUUUUGUGCUCCAUGACUAUAAACUAUUACUGAACAUUGAACUCAUUUAAGUUUAAACUGUUGAACUAUUAAACAGAGAUUUUGUGUAUUGGUAUUUGAUUAAAAUGUUACUGAACUAAAACUAUGAAAAUUAAAAGUAAGAAAACACAAGUCUAUGUUAACUCUUUAUAAUUUUAAUGUAAAUUAUAUGUCACUAAACAUUGUUCAUUUGCUUUUAUAUUAUUAAAGAUAAUUUUGUUAUUCUGACAUAUUUACACUUUGUUUAUUUCAUUAUAUUAACCAUUUUUCAUUGUAAAAACUUCUAAUUAAUAUUAUGUUAAUUUUAAUUAGGGUUCAUCCUUACUAAGGCUGUGACAAACUUAAAAAAAAAAAGAAUACUAUCGAUAGGUUCAUCUGACUGAACUUUAAAUUAUUACUUAAUAAUGCUAUUUAUAUAAUAAAUAUUCACAAAACUUUAAAA